AUGGGAAUGAAAACUAAUAUCACCCUCUACACUGAGGGGACUCCCAAUGGCCUGAAACCCACCAUUCUGCUGGCUGAGCUUGGACUGGAAUACAAGCUCCACCUAAUCAACAUAUUCAAGCACGAACAAAAGGAGCCGUGGUUUCUCAAAAUCAAUCCAAACGGCCGAAUCCCCGCCCUAGUUGACGAGGACGAGAAUGGGAAGCAGACUAUGCUUUGGGAGAGUGGUAGCAUGCUGUUGUAUCUUGUGGCCCGGUACGACAAGGACCACAAGGUCUCUUAUCCUUAUGACUCUCCGCAAUACUGGGAGACGGUCAAUUGGCUGAUGUGGCAGAUGAGCGGGGUUGGGCCAAUGCAAGGCCAAGCAAAUCAUUUCGCCAGAAUGGCCCCAGAGAAGCACGAGUACGCCAUCGGCCGCUACGUGAAUGAGACCCGCCGCCUCUACCGCGUUCUCGACACCCAUCUCGCAAAGAGUGGAUCCGGCUACAUCGUUGGCGAUCGUCUCACGGUCGCUGAUAUUGCCUUGUGGAACUGGGUGGCUGCGUAUAGAUAUAGUGGCUUGUCUAGCAUCGACGAGUUUCCGCAUGUCCAGAAAUGGCUUUACGAACUCUUGAAGCGGCCUGGAUUUGAGGAGGGCCGCAAUGCGCCCCAGCCACAUAUUUACCUUGAACUCAACAAACUAUCUGAUGAGGAGUUGGACGCAAAGGGCCGCGCUGCCGGGGGUUGGAUCCAAGAGGGCAUGAAGCGAGAUGCACAGGCCUGA